CAGUUUCUGCUGCGCACCUGGCAUAGUUUGUGAGAACAUGGCAACAACCCACGGUUUGACAGUUUUGGCACAUUCAUGCAUCAAACCCCCAAGAAAUCCCAAAACUGGACUGUCAUCAACGUUACACGAGAGAGCGAAAGCAUACCAUACGUAUGUUCUGCAAAAUACAGAAGCAGAUUUCAAUGCAAACAGCAAUGAGCAAGAUGACUACGAUGCACCCAGUAAGUCUGUUCAUGUUUACACUAAUCCCGCGAUAGAUGAUAUUUCAACCCAACUCCAAGAUCUCGAUGAUAGCGAUUUUUACCAAAAAUUGGUGCAGUUAAAAAACGAACAUAAAAAGACGUUAUAUCUAUGUGAGCAACUGUACAAGAAAAAGGUGCUGGGUGAAAACCCACAAUCCAAUGGUUUUAAUCUUGAUAAUGUGCCAACGUCAUAUGGCCAUUUAAACGACCGAACAGAGGAUGAUAAGACAGAUUAUGUAUCGUAUGAACAGAGGGAUGUUUUGCAUACAACAUCUAGUAAACCACCAACUGGACGCCAAAUAUUCCAAACGUCCCCAUCAAUUAAAAAGCCAGCAGGAAUUAGUACGAUGCCUAUGCCUCGGCCUAGCUCAGCACCGGUGUAUAGGAGGAGGGGAUCGCUAACAAAGAGCCUAGAGGAAGAGGUUUGGGCAAAAAUUGCAUCAGAAAGAGGGAUACCAAGAGAAAGUGCAGAUUCCGACAAUGAGUUAAAUACAGAGAGACUGUUGAGAACAUCUGAUGAUAUAAUGAGAGAUGCAGAUGACCAAGAGAUUGCAGCAGCAAUGACACGCAUUGAAGACAUGUGGGAAAAUUUUUCCGUGGAAGACUAUGCUCCAAGACAGUCAAGGGAAAGGCCAUCAUCAGCUUCUGUUACACGAAAGGAAAAGGACAAGAAAGAAAAAGAAUGGAGACAUCGAAUCACAAUUCCUAAGCCUUUCAAGAUGACUCUAAGAGAGGAAACCAAGGAGAAGUCAAAAAGCAAACUCCAGAUAGAACAUGAGCAGAAACUUAUGGAGGAAAAACUACAGGAGGAAAUAGAGUGUCAGAAAAAGUUUAAAGCUCAGCCAGUUCCUGCUCAUGUGUAUCUUCCCCUGUAUGAUGAAAUCAAUGAAAAGAAUGAGGCACGCAGAAGAUAUAUAAGACACUACAGUCAAGAUCUACUCAGGUCUCAGGAAAAACCAUUCAAAUUCCAUACAAGAGAAAGAGUCAAAGAAAAACAUCACACAAGAACCUGCUCCGUACCAGAGGAAAUUGAUGAGCACACUUUCAAAGCCAGGCCUGUGCCUGGAUAUCUGUACGACUCCUCUAUUGAUGACCAGAUCAAAGAAGAGGAGGAGUAUAGGAAAAUAAGAAUAAAACUGCGAGCAGAAGAACUGUAUCGGAAGGCUAGAUUGCCAGAAAACAUGGAAAUGAGACAGAAGAUCAAAGAAAUGAACAACAAAGGGAAGAAGGUUAAAAGCAAGCGGAAAAGCGCUUCAUCUCAUAAAGUCAAACAUGAGGUUCCUGAUUAUGAGGAGUUGUACAGACACUUUCAGAAGGAGCUGCUGAGGAGGAAGCAAGAGAGAGAGGGAACUGUGGUGAAGCCAUUCAAACUAAGUACAGCAAGUCCGUCAAAAAGGGAGAGAAUUAUAGAAGAUAUGAAAAAAGAUGAAGAAUCGCUGAGAGAAAACCGAUGGCCGUACAUGACACCAAGAACAACUCCCAGGAAAAGCCUAGGUUACUUGUCUAAUUCCCUUGAUUCACUUCCUGCUCGCUCCACAAAAGCCACAGACUUGAGAUCUGAAACUGCAAAAAGUAAGACGGGCAUCUUAAAGGACAGAGAGCAACAGGAGAUUGAUCAGGACAGGAAGCGGAGGAUCAACGAGAUGAGACUGAGGCGGAGUAUACAAGAGAGAACCGGAGCCGACAUUCAACCGACGCUGGAGGAAACUACCCUCCGAAAACUCAGAGCUUGCAGGGAGGCUGAAAGGGAUAGAAUAGAGCAGUAUGAGAAAGAGUUGGCCGAGAUGAAGGAGCGAGUAGAGAGGAGGCCUCUCUUAGUGGAGAGACAGUCACAGGUAAAUGCCAAGAAUGCAGCAACCAAGAAAUAUACAGCAACUCUCAAAAGUGUGGGACUGGAUGAUGAUUUUGUUCAGACCCGUAGCUCUCAGGCAGGAAGUGUCAGGGACGAUACAGCAGAGGACUACGAUGAUGAUUUUGAUGGCACCUACAGCAAGAGCCUAGAGGCUGAAUCUUAGUUACUCCAACUGAAAAAACCCUCUCUUUGUUACAUUCUCUUACUGUAUACAUACUGUUUUGUUUUUUUUAAAAGUUUAUAGAUCAGUUCAGACAAAUUUCUUCAGCUAGCAUACUUUACCCUUAUCUUAAUACAAUAUCCUGAAGAACUGCAUUGGUCUUGUGUAGAGAAGAAGUUAAAUAAAAUGUGCAUUUUACUUGUAUAACUGGAUACAUUGUAAUUGGGUCGAUUGUUUGUUUAUGCAGUUUAAUCCUUAAUCUAAAACAUGUUAAUCUGUGAAACAUUAGUUUGAAGAAAAAGAUAGCAUUCCAUGUAUUUACAUUUUAGGAUGAAAUAGAGAGUGUACUAACAUAUAUAUCAGGAACAGAAAAUACAAAGAAACAUUCUAUUACAUGUUUUCAUUAAAAAAUUAAUGGCUUUUAUCAAAUUCAUUACAUUUUAAGAUUAAAUAUUGUCUGUAUUUUUUUGUUGUACAUGCAAAUGCAUGGUUUUUUUAAAUGUCCAUAGGCAUGCUAGAAUCCACAAACUGUAGUCGAAUAUAUAAAUUAUCAAAAAGGUAUUUUAAAAUGAAUUAUAUUGCAUAAAUUUUUUGUGGAGAAUCAUUUGUCAUUUCACACGUACUGACUAUAUUUGGCAUCACUGACUCUCAGAAAUUGAUAUUUACUUAAGUGCAUGGAAAAGCAAGGUGAAUGGACCACAAGGGCAGUGAUAUUGUUAAGUUUGUUUUUCUUAUUUUGUUUUUACAUACAUUGUACAAGUAAAUUAUUGUAUUUUGAACCCUGGUGAACAUCUCCUUUAAUUUCACAGAAAACCCACCUUUACCUCUGAUAUGUUUUUUUAUCUGCAAGUUGGGAAAGGAAAAUUUUAUCAUUUAAAGCUGAAUAUUAAUCUAAUAUGCAAACAAGGUUUGCAGAAUUAUUUUUAACUGCCUUUUCAGUGGAAUUCAUGUAUGAAGUUGAUUUCAUCAAUUACAAUAUCAUAUAACUAGUCCUCCAUCAAUGCCAUCUUUAACUCACUAAUGAUGCGAUAGUCUAUGUUGUUAAUUCAUAUCAUCAAGGUUUAUAAAUGGUUAUUUUUUCUUGUUAUUCAUCAGAGAUAUUAGUACGCUGUUUUAAUAUGUCAAUUUUCCGUCCAUCUGAUUCAGUUUUCAUAUUUUGUAACAAUGGGCAUGCAAGUCUUGUGCAUUUAUCUGUAACGUUGGCAUUUACCAUUUGGGAAGUUCAUGUAUUGAAUUAAUUUAAUUUAAAUUUUAUUUAGGUAUAAUUAUUUAUAAACUGGUAUGAUACAUAUACUUAAACAUCUGAAAACAUUUUAACUUAUAAACUUGCAUUCCCAUAUCAUUCGAUGAAUUCUCUUUUAUCCUACUGUGAUAUCUUGCAAAGAAAAGUUUAUUAGUUAUUGGAAAAAUGUUAUUUAUACAAAUGUACUGAUUAUAAAUAGAUGUAGGCCAUUACUUGGUAGAUGAAUAAUAAAAAGAAAUUAUGAAGAGUAAA